AUGGUGCGGGGGGCGCGGGCUGCGGCCAUGCGCCUGGCCCUCCUGCUGCCGCUGCUCGUGGGCUCCGGCUGGCCGGCGCGGGGGAAGGCGCUGCAGCAACAGCCGGCGGCGGCUCCGGAGCCUCGCAGCCCGCAGGAAGUUGUGAUCAAAGUCCAGGUGUACGAGAAUGGGGAUUUGUCUCCGCUCCCUCUGGCUGCUGUGGAAGUGUUUGGGAACCAGACCUCACUGGCUUCGGGUGCCACGGACCACGAGGGGGUCAGCAUGCUGCCCAUCCACUAUCGCUUGGGAACCUGGGUCCUUGUCACAGCCUCCAAACGUGGCUUCAUCACAAACUCAGUUCCUUGGCGCGUCAGCAAGCUGCCACUCUAUGCCUCUGUCAGCCUCUACCUGCUUCCAGAGCGGCCUGCUACGCUCAUCCUGUAUGACGACGUGGUGCAAAUCCUUCUCAGUUCGCCAGGAGCGAAGAGUCAGCCAUGGGCACAGUUCCCCCGCAAAUCGGCCCGCCUGCCCCGCAACUCAACCUACAGCCAACUCUCGGCCUCUCUGACAGCCGCCAGCAGCGGGCCGGACAUGAGAGGUUUCCCGUCCUUUAUCGGAAUGGAAAGCAACGGCAGUGUUGGCAGUCCCUGGCUGGAGCUGGUGCCCGUCGUUGCUGUUAGCGUCCACCUCUUCACUGGCAACGGGACUGAAGUCCAGCUCUCGGGCCCCGUCCAGCUGUCCAUCCCACUGCUGCCCGAUUCUGCUGCCGCGGCAUCUUCCACCGUGCCAGCCUGGCGCUUUGACCUCAAGAGUGGUUUGUGGGUUCGAAAUGGGACCGGCGUCAUCCGAAAGGAAGGGAACCAGCUUUUUUGGACCUUCUCUUCCCCACAGCUGGGUUACUGGGCAGCUGCUAUGCUCUCCCCAACAUCAGGGCUGGCCAGUGGAGCAGCAGGCUUGAAGGACCUGGUCACUUACCACACCCUCAUUCUGCUGACCAUCCUUGGUGCACUAGCCUUGCUGGUCCUCAUUCUGCUCUGCCUCCUGAUCUACUACUGCAGGAGGCUGUGUCUGAAGCCACGGCAGCAACAUCGAAAGCUUCAGCUCUCUGGCGCCCUGGAUGCCUCCAAGAAAGACCAGGCCACCUCCAUGUCCCAGAUCAACCUCAUCUGCACGAGCCACAUGGAAACGGCCUCCUCCAACGGGGACAUGGACCUUCACACGCCCAUCCUCAAGUCGGCCUUCUCCUCCUCCCGUGAAUUUGAGAGCUCCCGCGAGGAGUUCUUCAAGCAAGUCUCCAGCCAGAAGGCGCGCCAUGCCGGCAAGGCCUCCGCGGCAGACACGCUGAGCCAGAGGGGACCCUGCAAAGAUGAUUACCCUCGAGUGACGGAGGGCUACUCGCUCAAGGCAGCCCGCUCCAUGGACGUCCCUGGCCCGCUCGAACCCCCGCUCUUGGAGGACUACAAGCGCAGCUGUUCCCACCAGCGCAUGGAGGAUAAAAGCACUGAGACCCAGCGCAAGCAAGGACGCAGCGACGGCAAGGCCUACCUGCAGGAGCCGCCCUCGCCACCCCCUCUCCCCCCACCCUUUGACCACUAUAUGGGCCACAAAGGGGACCCCAAGCCCCCCGACUACAUGCUGUCCCAGUCUGUAGACCACCUGGCUCGCCCCACCUCCCUGAGCCAGCCGGGGCAGCUCAUCUUCUGCGGCUCCAUCGACCACAUGAAGGACAGCAUGUAUCGCAACGUCAUGCCGACCCUUGUCAUUCCGGCCCACUACAUGCGCUUGGCAUCGUCGGAGCAGCCUCCCGGGAGCUCGGAGAACCAACCGGACAUGGACCCAGCUGGCCUGGGGCUGCCUCACCAGUUUGGCCCCCAAGAGCAGCAGCGGCAACAGCUCCUGCAGCAGCAGCUUCAGCACUCGCAGUUUCAGCUGCAGCAGCACCCGUCAGACGAGGCAGAGGGGAAGGGCUGGGGUCCCCACGCCCAGUCCGUCAGCGGCUCGGUUACCAUCCCUGUGUUGCUGAACGAGUCCACCAUGGCCCAGUUGAACGGGGAACUUCAGGCGCUCACCGAGAAGAAGCUGCUGGAGCUGGGGGUGAAGCCCCACCCCCGGGCCUGGUUCGUGUCCCUGGACGGGCGCUCCUCGCAGGUCCGCCACUCGUACAUCGACCUUCAGGGCAACGAGAGGAGCCGGAGUAACGACGCCAGCCUCGAUUCGGGCGUGGACGUCAACGAGGCCAAGCCCCCCAAGCGCCUCAAGGAGGAGCGCCUGGCCUCCACCAUGGCCCCAGCCUACUCCAAGCUGGUUUUUGCCGACGCCGACACGGAACAGAGCAGCAGCGAGAGCCGCACCGCCAUCUGCUCUCCUGAGGACAACUCGCUGACCCCCCUGCUGGACGAGAACACCGACCACCGCGCCGCCACCAUUCCCCGACGUGGGCGCAGCCGCGGCAACAGCUCCCGCAGCAGUAACAGCAACAGCGAGCUGCGGCGUGACUCCAUGACCAGCCCCGAAGAUGACAGUAACGAGCCCUCCGAAGGGACGGACGACCAGGGUGACAAGAAGAGCCCGUGGCAGAAACGCGAAGAGCGGCCCCUCAUGGUCUUUAACGUGAAGUAGCCUGCAGGCCGGUGGAGUCACCCUCCUUGUGCGGUGAGGGGCAUCAGAGGUGAUGGACCCCACGGAGGACAGGUCUGGCGUGCCUCCUCUUUCUUCCUUGCAUCUGGUCAAGGCCUGGCAGAGCAGGGGCCCCAGACGUCUUGACAGCGGAGAGACACCGACACAACAAGAAAGCAGGGUGGGGGAGCCUGGCCCGGCUUUGUCACUGUUGUCCCA